GCCGAGAGAGGUGUGGGAGACCGCAGCCAUGCCCUGGCACUCGCUGUGACCCUUCUGAAGUGGCGGAAGAGGAGCCCGGGCGUGGCUCAGUCCCCGCCCUGGGUUUGCCCGGGGAGUCACCCAGCACCGGCGCUCGUCAACACCCAAGGCUGUGCUCCCUCCGCCCUCCCGCAGCCCUGCCCUCCCUGCCCACGCAUUUUUACUCCCGCUCGGAGCAGCGUGAGAGAGCGGCGGGGCUGCCAUGGAAGCCAACAAUUCCCCCAACAAUUCCCUCUGGCACAGCUACCUGGGGGUGAUCGUGUCCCGCGAGAGGCAGCGGAUGGAGCAUUUCCAGCGGGCUGAGGACAUCCUGCUCACCCUGUUGGAGACCGUCCACGCCAGGGAACCCCGCUUCCUCGUGGACUAUGCCAGAAACCUGGAAGCCUUGGAGUUUGCUCUCUGUGCCUCCGAGGACGCUGUCACUCUAGAGAUACCCCUCCGUAUCGACGGCGAUGCCCUGCGUGUGCUGGCACGCCGGACCAGGGACACCCCAGCCGGGCAUCCUUCAGAGCCCAACACCUGCUAUCUGGAAGUGUGCUCUCCAGGGACUGAUUUGGAGGACUGGACUGGUACGGUGGAUGUGAUGGAGCACGGAGCCGGUGUGAGGUGUCUGAUUCCAGGCAAAAUCCUGCAGCACCUGAAAGAGCUCCUUGUUUCAGCCAUCGUGCGCUGCCGACGCCUCUUCCUGCUUCAGCCAGGUGACAUCAGUGCCGAAAACCUGCGGGAAGAUGCCAUGGAGCUCUCCCUGCUGAUCCGCGGCAGCUGGAAGACCGUUCGCUUUGACAUCGUUCCUGUGGUGAGGAGGCAGCAAGAGCCGCUCCGGCUGCGGGGGCGGCAGAGCGACGGGGGCUUCCCUGCAGGCAGCCUCAGGAUGGCCACACAAGAGGCGCACUUUGUCCCCGCCUCUCCACACUGCUGGAGAUCCUCCACCCACCUUCCCAUCCUGAAGCUGCUCCGAGCAGUGGACACCUUGAAGGGGCCCCGUCUGGACAGCCUCCGCCUGCUGGACCAGCUCCGUGACCAGGACUGGGGAGGGGAGGGGGGGAGAGGUGGUCUCACUUUCAACCACCUGAAGGUAGGUUGGUUCUGCUGGUCGGGACUGUGGCUCUCUGGGCAAGCAGAGCCAAGGCUGCUCCCUGCAGAAGAGCCCAAACGACAGGGAUGAGAGCCUGCAGUGCUCUGGGAUGUAUGGCUGUGUCUGGGAAGGAUGCACGCUGCUGCUGGCCAUGGUUAGAGGGCUCUGAUCCUUCUUCCUUGGGUGGAACCGCAGCCUCCAGCUGGAGGCACUGCAUUCAGAGCUGGGGCUGUGCACUGGUGUGCAGGGCAUCACCCCUGGCACAAGCUGCCCAUGUCUGCUGGGGAUGGUGAUGUGGUGCUGCCCUGCUGUGGGCUGCCCCGUGCCCCGGUGUGCUGGGACGUGCCUGGACAGGGCUAAGGGUGGCGUUUCUGAUGACAAAAAGCUUCCUCUCCCCACCCAACUCGUUUUCAACACUCUGGAGCCAUGCCAGCUGAUGAUGAUGCUGGCCUGGGAAGGGGCCGUGCUGGUGACAGCACCGGGUGGCACAAUCCAGGUGUGCCUUGCCUUUCGAUGGCUCUCAGAGCCAAGGCUUGAGAAGGAUGCAAGGAUG